CUUUCAGAGGCAGACCCGCCGAGCCGCGGCUGGAGGCGCGCAACCUCGCUCCUGCUCCGGCUUCGGCUCCCGCUCCGGCUCCCGCCCCGGAGGAUGCGGCGUGCCUAGGAUGCUGCCGCGCCUGGUAGUGCUGCUGGAGGUGCUCCUCAGCCUGCGCCUCGGCUCCUGCGCGCGCGGGACAGAUCUGCCCAGCCCUCUAUCUGCGUGGUUUGAAGCAGAAUUUUUCUCCCACGUCCUCCACUGGACUCCCAUCCCAAAACCGUCAAACAGCACCUACUAUGAAGUAGAGCUUCUGAGGUAUGGGCUAGAACCCUGGAAGUCCAUCCCCAGCUGCAGCCAGACCCAGGUGUCGUUCUGUGAUCUCACUAUGGUGACCCUGGACCUGUACCACAACAAUGGCUACCGAGCCAAGGUCCGCACGGUGGAUGGAAACCAGUACUCCAACUGGACCUUCACCAACACCCGCUUCUCCGUGGAUGAAGUGACUCUCACGAUUGGCAGCGUGAAGCUAGAGGUGCACAAUGGCAUCAUCCUCGGGAAGAUCCAGCCCCCUAGGCCCAAGAUAGCCCCUGCGGGCGACACUUACGAAAGCGUCUUCCAACACUUCCGCGAGUAUGAGAUUCAGAUUCGCAAGGUGCCGGGGAACUACACGUUCACAAAGGAGAAGGUGAAGCAUGAAGACUUCAGCCUCUCAGCCCCUGGAGAUCUGGGAGAGUUCUGUGUGAAGGUGAAGCCAUCUCUGGGCUCCCGACUGAACAAGGGGGUAUGGUCCAAGGAGGAGUGCGUCGUGCUCACCCGGCAGUAUUUCACCACAACCAACCUCAGCAUCUUCUUCACCUUCGUCCUGCUUCUGUGCGGAGCCCUGGCCUACUGCCUGGCCCUCCAUCUGUACGUGCGGCGCCGGAGGAAGCUGCCCACCGUCCUGGUCUUCGAGAAGCCCCAGGCCUCCAGCUUUGUCAGCCAGCUUCCCUGUCCCGAGCCCCAGGACGCCAUCCAUCCCCUGGACGAGGAGGCCUUCCCCCAAGUGUCCCCAGAGCUGAAGAACUCGGAACUGCACGGCAGCACAGACAGUGGCUUUGGCAGUGCCAAGCCAUCCCUGCAAAAUGAAGAGCUCCAGUUCCUCCUCCCUGCCCCCCACCCCCAGGCUGGGGGCACCGCGGGCAAGGGGGCGCCCCUGGAGCUGGAGGGCAGCAGCGGCAGCAGCAGCAGCACGGACAGCGGGAUCUGCCUGCAGGAGCCCGGCCUGAGUCCCAGCACUGGCCCCAGCUGGGAGCGGCAGGUGGGGGACACCAGCCCCGGCCAGGAUGACAGUGGCAUCGGCCUAGUCCAAAACUCUGAGGGGCAGCCUGGGGACGGGCAGGGUGGCUCCGCCUUGGGCCCUGUCAAUGCCCCCGGGCCUGAGGAGCCUGGGGAAGAAGACCCAGCCUCAGUGGCAUUCCGGGGCUACCUGAAGCAGACCAGAUGCACAGAGGAGAAAGCAGCCAAGACAGGCUGCCUGGAGGAAGAGCCCUCCUUGACAGAUAGCCUUGGCCCCAGGUUCAGGAUGUGCCUGGAUGCCGAGGCAGGCUGGCCUCUACCAGUGCUGGCCAAGGGCUAUUUGAAACAGGACCCAGGAAUGACUAUCACUCCCUCGGGGACCUCAGCUGUACAGUGGGACCAGCCAACGGAGGAAUGGUCUCUCCUGGGCUUGACCAGCUGUGCUGACCUAGGAGCAUCUGACUGGAGCUUGGCCCAUGAUCUUGCCCCUAUGGACCGUGUGGCAGCCCCAGGUGGUCUCCUGGGCAGUUUUGACUCAAACCUGGUCACCCUGCCACUGAUCUCCAGCCUCCACUCCAAUGAGUGACUCAGGCUAAGGGGCUGCUUUUGAUUUCAGCCACGAGGGCCCCCCGGGAUCAGAAGUGACGCAUGAGGCCAGUGUGAGCCCUCAUUGGCAAGCCCAGUGGGGCCAGCCCUUGCCAGGCCCAGCAGGGCUGGCUAAGGGGCCCAGGGCAGAGAGAGACUGUCCUGCUAAACUACUGCAGGCUGUAUGGGUGGCGUCGGCCUGGGCUGCAGGAGGGCUCCAAAGACUCGGCAGAGCCAGGAAGGGCCGGGCGGAGAUCUCCCUCCUCCGGGCUCUUCCUGUGCUGUAACAGAUUAUUUGCUCAGGGGAAUCACUGGUUUUCUGGAAUUGUGGGGAGGCCCAAGCUGCAGUCAGUAAGGACCCAGCCCUCCCCCCUAGACCAGCCAAGUGCCAGGGCCUCCAGCCGGAUGGAGAACUGGCGGGGGGGGGGGGGACGCGGAUUUCCCUGAAGGGGUCAUUUCUGGGAGGACAAAGGAGGGAGCAGAGGCCAAGUUUGAUCUCUGGGAUGGUCAGAGCUGGUCAGCCUGGGAUGGUCAUAGGAAGAAGCUUCCCGGCUGGCAGUCCUCCCAGGCAGGGAGCUUGUCACGGAAGAUCUUAAGAUGUAUCUGUCCCUGUCAGUCAGUCUGCCACCAUCAGUCAGAUGCCACGGCUCUAUAGAGCCACCAGGGGAUGACGCCCCUGUGGCCGAGCCACUCACUACCUCCAUCCUGUUGCCCCCACCAUCUUGCUGACGCUACCAGAGGAGCCACGGUUCUUUGUAUUGGGCAAAACUCAACACUUCAGGUGGUCUCUGGGCUCAGGCACCAGCUCACCCUCCCCAGAGGGUCAGGGUUGGGACCUACACUAGUGUUUACUGCUAGUAUCCAGCUACAGACCCACAGGACACGGCACUGGCUCCAACCCAUGCUCUCUCAGUGUCCAGCUAUGAGAGCUUGGGCCAAGCCAAUUCUCAGAGACCCUGUUAUCCUCUGAUAGCAUAUGUGGAAUAGUGACUCAGUCUCCAGUGGGCCUUCCAUGCUGGAUGGUAACCAAGCUGGCAUCAGGGGUGACGUCCCCAGCCUGGUGUGACCCUAGGCUGGGAGGAAGUUGUCUGCAGAACCUAUAUCUGCACAGAGCCAGCUUCUUUUGCAUGCUGGGAAUUAACAGAUUUAGCAGAAGUCUGUGGUAUCAUGCUAAGAGGACUACCCGAUCCUGGGCCCAGAAGGGGACAGGUAUGGGCCCUGCCUCCCCAUAGUCCGUUUGGAUUCUAUCUCCAAAGCAAGUUUACAGUCCAUGGGCAAGGAAGCUGGGGGGAAUGACAGGCCUGGGGUCUGCCCGCCCCGCCCCCUUCCGGGUCACCACUCAGCCCUGCAUUUUUCUGUGGCAUUCUGAGAAGAGACACUCCAGCUCAGGAAAUCCACCCAGAACAACCCCUGACUCCCCCACCACAUCCUACCCAGAAGCUCUGAUGUGCCAGUCUGAUAACUGAACUCCCUCUUGAAACUUGGGUUUGCGGGAAGAUUACUCAGGGUUCCCUUGGAAGUUUAUUUAUUUUGUUCACUUAUUUAUUGAAGAAGCAGCAUGGUACAGUGCAAGGAUUCUGAGUAUUUCAAGAACCUGGAGGUUCUAUUCUGACUCCAUUGUUUCUUGCAUCUCCUCAUCUGUAAACUGAAGGGUCUCGGUUUCUUCGUCUGUAAAUCUAGAAAGCCACGCCUGACAUGUUCAAUGGACAGGGGUGUGAGGCUCCACCAAGGCGGAGGAUCUGAAUGUACCUUGCACGCAAGGCUCUGUAAAUCAGAGACGCAUGUUUUUUUAUUUCAAUAAAUUGUCAGGACCUCAGGAAUCAUGUGAAACCAGUCAAAUUUCUGAUCAGAAACGGUGACUGGUGGAAGCGUCAAGUUGUUGAUAAUUGAGGUUGAUAACAAGUAAGAUGUGUGAUGUCGCUUUAGCAGGAACGAAGACUCGGGCUCAAGUCAGACACAGGAGUCCUCACGCUAACAUGAAGUAUGUAAUGGGUAUGGAUAACAGUGUUUUGAAUGUGGCGUCCGGACAGCUGGAAAAGAGACCAGACCUCCCUGGAGCUCUGUCACCUGCCCCUCUCGACAUGGAGGUGCGUCCCAGGGGUGCUUCUCAUAAGGGCGGAAGUCAUCUGCAUUUGAUUCUGAGAGCAGCCUGCUCUUUCCACGAAAAGCCACACGUGGGCUUGAGUCUCUCCCCAAGCUCAGCCCUGCGGAUGGAGCAAACUCAGGGCCCUGGCCAGAGUCUCCAAUGCACUUUGCGCUUUGUCCCAUUCUGGAUCCCCGAGGAGGUGAAUGGGGACACCUCAUCCCCGUUCCUCUGUGUCAUCUCCAACGAUGCUUCUCCCCAUUUCACUCUGAGGAAAUAACCAGUUCUGGGAAGCACCGAUCCUAUCACCUUCAGAGAACUUGACUAAUAUCACACCAUUUGGAACCGAUCAAACUGAUUUGCCCUGGAAGCCUCCUGUCCUAUUGGUUAAGAGGUGUGGGGUCUCCUGGAAAUGAGUGUCGGAGGUGGCCUCUACCCCCAGGAAAAGGCCCUCGAGGCACGUUGGAUGGACAGCAGCAGAGAGGUGAAUACGAAGAUGGAAAGAAUAAGAGGAAUCAGCAGCUGGGGCCAGCAAGAAAGCAAACACAGAGCAGCUGGGAGAACGGAGUCCGAGGAUGUGGGCUCUGCUGCAGGCCUCGCCUGCUUCCCUCAGGAAGCAUGAACAGGAGUUUGUGCUGGGUCUCCUGCCCGGCCCAGUCAGGGCUUGUGGGGGAAACAGAGUCCUUCCUGCAGGUGGUGCUGAGACGCUCACCGCUCACCGGCUUCUUGGGAAUUGGAUUCAAGUGCCCCACAGAAGGCCGUUUGUUCUUAAACUGAGUAAUCUCCCUCGAGGGCUUUUCCAAGCUGAGGAAUGUGUGAUUCUGGGUUUCUAUGAGCUAACGGAACUUCCUCUUAGUAAGGGGAGAGGGGAAAUGGACCAACGUUGACUGAAGAGGAAAUUUCUAUUGAACUGUGUUUUCCCAGCUUUCUAAAUAGCUGUAUCAAAGAGUCUGCCUUGUCUUCCCUGAAGAUCUCUACCCCCUGCAAGGCACACAACACACUAUCCCAGAAUACACACGGUCACGGAGGGGGCUCACUGCCCUGCUGAGUAGGAGCUCUCGGAGCCCCCCGUGGGGACGGUGGAGACAGGGGCGCCGCAGACCAUGUCCGCCGGGGACAGCAUGCUGGUGGUCAUGAGAGGCAGGUUCAGGCGGCGAGGGCUGACUUUAUGUAGCCCCAACCUAGAGGAUACCAGGUAGUGGGAGGCAUGACUCAUCCAUUUCCUGUAGUGCUCACGGGUUUCAGGGUUACUUUUAAAGCACAUCCACAAUUUGAAAUUAAAUGCAUCUUUAUUAAUGAUUCA